AUGCGCAGGCCGCAGUGGGCUUGCCCAGUCCACGGAAGCAGCCCGCUGCCUGCAGUAGCAGCAGCAGCAGCAGAAGCAGCAACGGGAGCAGCAGCAGCAGCUUCCCUAAUUGAAGAAGACCCCGCCACAACUGCUGCACCUCCGGCACUUGCAGGGGCAUGCUGCUGCUCGCAGCCAUUUGAACAAGGCCAGCUGCAUGCGCAGCUGGAGCGUGGAGCGCAGCAGCAGCUGCAGCAGCGGCAGCAACAGCACAUGUCGGACUCCGCAGAAGCGCACUGUGGUGCCACGAAUGUCUGCUGCACUUGCAGCCAGACUCAAAGCAACAAUGCCGGCUGCGCCACCGCCGCUGCUGCUGCUGCUGCUGCUGCUGGCGGGCCCCAGAACAAGAGGCCUCUGAGCAGCUACACUGGGCUGCAUGCAAGAUGCCGCCUCCCCCGCAGAAGCUGGGGCCGAAGCAAAAGCAGCAGCGGCGGCGCGAUUGCCAAAAGCAGCAGAUCUGCAGCAGCUAAGGACUCUGCUGCUGCAGUGCCGCACGGGACAGCACGCGGAAGAGCAGCAAGUGCAGCGUGCGCAGCACGCUUAUGGCCAGCUGCUGCAGCAGUGCCCCCACCUGCUGAUGGCAGCAGCAGCUGCUGCGUGGACUGCUGCUUUGCUUCUUCACCGAGGCAGUCCGUUGCUGCUGCUCCUUUAGGGCUGCCCGGAGGGCCCCCAGUAUCUACCGAGGAGGCAGCUGCUGAAGCAGCAGCAACAGCCGCAGCACCUUUGUCAGCAACUGCAACACUUGCACAAGCCGCACCUGCAGCCGUGGCAACAGCACGGGAACCGGCAGCAGCAGCAACAGCACCAGCAGCAGCAGCAGCAGCACCCACGGCACAGCAGCCAGACGCUGCGCCACAGACCGCCAGUUUUGUAUCUUUUGCACAAACGCCUGAAGUCGAGGCCCGGCGAGCGCCCGCCGCAGCAGCAGCAGCAGCAACUGCUGCGGUGCUGAGAGAAGACGGGCAACGGCAAGCCUUGGGGGGUUGGCAGGUGCCUCUGAGCCUUCCUGUGCCGCUGUUUCUGGCUCCUGUGUCGUACACGAAGCGUGUGAAGGCAGCAGCUGUUGCUGCUGCUGCUGCUGCUGCGGAAGCUGCAGCAGCUUUUGCUGCAGGGGCCUCGGAGUCGGCGGGAGCAGCUGCGGCAGCAGCAGCAGCAGCAGCCAGGGGUUCCAGACGGAAACGAUUUCAUUUGGAGGAUGCGGUGUUGCUACUGCAGUUGGCAUUUGACCUGCAGCAACACUCCGUGCUGCUGCCGACGCUGCACGUCGUGGGCUCGGAUGGGAUGCCUGCAGGUCUGAAGCCCUGUGGGGCCCUUCUGUGCAGCGGCCGCAGCCGCAACAGCAGCAGCAGCAGCAACAGACGCGCCAGUCGCUUCAGCUGCGGUGCGCGAACACUCUCUGCUGCUUCUGCUGCUGCAGCAGAACGCAUGAGGCUCCAACAGACUGUAGAGGCCAUUGAGCCUGGCUGCACUGAAGUGCUGCUGCCGCACUUGCCUGUCAUUACACCUGAAGAGCUGCAGCAGCUGCAUGCAGCAGCAAUCCGCCUCUAUGGUGAAGGGAUGGUCCCGUCCUUUUGGCAACAGCAGCUUUUUUUGAAUCAACAGCAGCUGGGACAGAACUACGCGCAGCAACAGCUGCUGCACCAGCUCCAGCAGCUGCAGCUCCAGCAACCCCAGCAGUGGCAACUGCAGCAACGGUGGCAGCGGCAGCAGCAGUGGCAGCUACAACAGCAGAGGCCGCAGCAGCACUGGCAAGUGCAGCAGCGGUGGCAGCAGCACCAGCAAACGUCCCCCAACAACGCAGUACGGCCGAGCACAAGGUCCAUGAACGUGAAGGCUUCCAAAAGGCAGUGGCAGCAGAAGCAGCAGAAGCAGCAGCAACAGCAGUUGCAGCAGCAGCAAUAUAGAUUUUCUUCCGGAACUGGUCGGCACAACCACCGGCGUUCUGCAACCAAUCUGUCACAGCGUGACGCCGUUGUGGACAGCAGCAGCAGCAGCAGCAGCAGCAGCAGCGGGGGCGCAGCGGAUGUACACCGUGUGUCUGCUGCGCCCAGCCGCACCCUUCCGCAGGCCGGCCGGAGCUGCAGCAGAGAAAGUCUUGCCGUGUCGCCGGGGGCCCCCGCGGUCAGCAGCCCCGAGGGCCCCUCAUGGUCUGCAGCUGUGCUGCGCUCCCCCCCGCAGCAACAGCAGCAGUAG